AUGAUAUCCAACAAUAAUGCAAUAAAUAAAAUUGAUAAUAAUAAAAAGUGUACACUUCACCCAAACAAAGAUAUAAUAUUCUUUUGUUUAGAUUGUAAAUUAAUGCCAUGUUGUACUAUAUGUAUAUCAAGUAAAGGUGAACAUCAUGCUCAUAGAAUUGAUCCAUUAGAAUCUAGUUCAAAUAUUCUUUCAUUAAUGAAUAGUUUUAAAGAUGAUGUACAUCAAAAAGUAAUAGAAAGAAUUGAAACUAAUGAAAUAAUUUUAAAACAAUCAAGUGAUAAAUAUAAUGAAAUUCAAUCACAAUUUGAUAAUAAUAAUAAUUCAUUAAAAAAAGAAAUUAAAAAAAUUCAUGAUAUCAUUUCAAUCAUUGAAUUGGAUAUUAAAAAACAAUUAGAAACAGCCUUUGGAAAUAAUACAUUAAUAAAUUCAAUGAUAAAUUCUUCAAUCAAUAAUGAUAAUCAAAUACUUUCAACAAUAAUUAAUAAUGAAAAUGAAAAUGAAAAUGAAAAUGAAAAUAUUAAAACCAUUGAAAAAUUAAAUGAAAUUUUAAAAUUAAAUGAUCAACAAAUUAAUGAUAAUGGAGAUGAUGAUGAUUUUUUUAUUGAUAGAGAUAUUAUUAAAAUUAUUAAACAAUAUCAACAAUCAUUGAUAGUAUUAAAUAAAAAUAAUAAUAUCGAUAACUCAAAUAAAUUAAAUGGAUAUGAUAAUCAAAUAAUUCAUUUCCAUAAGAUAAUUGAAGAUAUUAAAAAUAAUUUAAAAUCAAUUUAUUCUUUUAAUGAUAGUAGAUUUAAAAUUGAAAUCGAUGAAAAUAAUAAUAAAUUUUUUAAUUGGAACAAUUUAAAGUUUUAUACUUAUAUAGAGGGUGAUUUUAUUAAUUUUAAGACUAACGAAGGUAUAGCAUUCAAAGAUAAUUGUAAUAUUUUAUCAAAAUUAAAAAAUCAAUUACCCUCAAAUGUAAUGCUAUUGGAUGGAUUCAAUCAAAAAUUAAAACCAGGUAUAAUACCAAAUGGUAUUAAAUGGUUGUAUUUAGGUGAUAUUAAACAAGAAUUAAUGCCUGGUUCAAUUCCUAAUACUGUAACUCUUGUCAAUUUGUUGGAUGGAUUCAAUCAAAAAUUAACACCAGAUAUAUUACCAGAUAGUGUUAAAUACUUGUAUUUACAUGAUUUAAAACAAGAAUUAAUAAUGGGAUCAAUUCCUGAAACUGUAACUCAUCUCUAUUUAAAAGAUGGAUUCAAUCAAAAAUUAAAACCAGGUAUAUUACCAGGUGGUAUCAAAUGGUUGCAUAUUGGUGAUUUAAAACAAGAAUUAAUAAUUGGCUCAAUUCCAAACACCGUAAAGAAUAUCACUUUAUUGGAUGGAUUCAAUCAAAAAUUAACACCAGGUAUAUUACCAGAUGGUAUUGAUUCUUUGUAUUUAGAUGAUAUAAAGGAAGAAUUAAUGAUUGGUUCAAUACCUAAUUCUGUAAAGAGAGUGAAAGUUUCCAAAAGUUUUAAUCUACAAAUUGAACCCUAUGUUUCAAAAAAUGUUAUAAUUGUUAAAUAA